AUGGAACCUGAGCCGUCCCUUGGCGCUCUCCUUGAGGCUAUCUCAGCCCUCACAGCCACCGUUGGGUCCUUGCAGGACCAAAUCAAAUCACAAGGUGAGCAAAUCACACAGCUUGUUGCCAUAUGCAAGGAAACCAACAACCUUGUUGGUGACAAGGACCAGGGCAGAACCCAAACCAAGCCUGGCCCAUCGACUGGGCCUGUCACCCCUCCUACCCACUUGGGAGGGGAAACCCACACUCCAGGCAUGGUUAGGCCUGGGCUCAAACCCCCCUUCCGCCCUUCAAGAGGAACAGGGUUUGACUCCGAGGAAGAAGAGGAACCCAAACGACCAAAAAAAGAGCCUCAAGGAACGCCUAGGCGAUCCCUCAGCUCCCUCACCCCCUUUGACGCAGGGUCCAGCAUAAAAAGGCCCAAGAUGGACCUCCCCGACCCUUAUAAAGGAGACACCAGGGGACGCAAGGCCACACAAUGGCUGGACCGCAUGCUGCUCUGGGUGGCCCUACACAGGGACCAAUUUGACAAGGAGGAGCAAAUGGUUGUGUGGAUACUUUACCAUAUGACAGAUAAGGCAGCCGAUUGGGCACUCCCCGUCAUAGGAGCCAUCAUCAAGGGCAAGGGCAACCCGCCAACCACUAUCCCGGCCUUAACGGCCAAAUUCAAGGAGGCAUUUGCAGACCCUGAUGCCAAAAGGGCGGCUGCCAGGAAGAUUGCCGCGCUGACUCAGACCACAACCACAACAGAAUAUGUCACGGAAUUCCGCAAUCUCAUGGCGGAACUCGACUGGAACAAGGAGGCGUAUAUUGCCCAAUUCACGCGCGGCCUUCACUGGAAGGUCAAAGAACUCCUGUCUACCAAAGACAGUAUUCCCAACGAAUUAGAGGCUAUCUUUGCCGCCUCCAUCAAGAUUGACAACAUUUGUUGGGAGAACAAGGAGAACCAUCCCAAGAAAAUCCCUGCCAAGUCCUUGGCCACCGUGGCCACUACCUCCACUACCACCACACAAUGGGUCCGCCUAUUGGAAGACCCCAAUUAUGUCACACCGGAGGAAAGAGAUUGCUGCCGCGCAUCAGGGCUAUGCGUUAAAUGCGGCCAAAAGGGGCAUGGGAUUAAGCAGUGCCCCAACGGGUGGAAGGCUACUAUCAAGGAAGUAGCAAAGGUAGCCAAUGAAGUAGAGUCGGGAAAAGAAUAA